UGCGAAACAACCUUUCCCCGUGGCCCCUCUGACUGCAGACAUGGCUGACAAGACGCCGAAGGAGUCCCCCGCUCCCUUUGCGACCAGGAUAAACCCGGAUAAAGAGGCUCUUUCGCGGGAACAGAUUCACUUCAUCCGACAGGUAGAGCUUGAACAAUGGAGGAAGAAAGUACAGAAGCUGCGGACGCGAAACGUUGUGACAGGUUUCGCCAUUGGAGCACUCGUUGUGGGAAUUUACGGCUACACCUUUUACUCCGUCUCCCAGGAGCGAAUCAUGGACGAAAUUGAUGAGGAGGCCAAGCGGGCAAGAAUGCAGGGACCAAAGACUGGUGCCAACUGAGACGUUGCCUGCUUGUUGUAUGACUGUGUGUCGGCCCUGCACUUACCCGAGAAGGGACCUACGUGGACACUGAUGCCACUGAUUUAUAUUCCGUGGCUGGCCGCUGUUUUUCGUGUUGAGACAGCACUGGAUUUUAUCUGAAGAGUAAUUGUGUGGUUCUGCUGCUGACUUAAAACUAGACGUGUCUUGAUUUUGAUUAAGUUUGCCUGUCGGUCUAAUCCGCUGACCUUAACAUGACCCUACAUGCUACCCAGAAGGCCCAGGCUGUAGAGUAAUUACAACCCUUUACCUGACCCCGUUUCCAGCCCUGAUCAUGCAAUGUGCAUUCAGUAUUGAGGGAAUAUCCACAAUUUCAGUCAGAUAAUGAUUUUAAAUCUACAGAGGCCUUCAGCAGCAGAGAACGCCAGUGACACUGCUGAUAUGACACAGUGAUCAACCUGUUGAAAACAUAUUUAUGUCGAUAAAAUUAUGAUUUGUAAAAUAAAAAGCUAAUGUAUUUGA